AUGGGUGUUUCAAUGGGCAGCAGAUCGAGCAGCAGAAGCCGGCUGAGCCCACGCAGUUCCUUCACCAGAGCCCUUUUUCUUUCAGUCUUCUGUAUGGUAGUCGUCCUGUACUCCUACCCAUCAACAUAUACUGCCACCCCACCCACCACGCAAAUCGCGUCCUUCCAACCACAAAUCAUCCAACCCGCCAACCAUACAGUCAGCUCAUUAGUACAUAAAUACACCGACUGCUCCCUUGACCCACAAAGGUUCCAAACUUUACAGCAAAGCUAUGGUUUGGGAGACAAGAUCGAAUAUGCUCGAAGAAUAAUCAAGUUUCAACGCCAGGACAUUGGUCGCAAGAGUAUCACCAAGAUUAAUGAGGAGUUAUUUCCCAAGGGUUUUGACGAGGUCGACGUUCGAAACCCUCCACGCGCCAUCACGUGUUUGAAGCCAUACGAAGUUCCUGUGCCAGCAUCUCCAUAUCCAACCACCGUGGAUGCCUCCGACUUGCUAUUCGGUAUCUCCACCACAUAUAAACGAUUGACAGACCCCGAAACUGCACCAAUACAGGAAUGGGCCCAUUGGUUGACCGACGGUCAUGGAAAGUCAAAUGGUGGAGGUUUGGUCUUGCGUUUGGUGGAUGCUUCGUCUAGCGAGAUUGAGCAGGCUACCAAGCAAAUGAAAGCAUUUGGUGUUGAUGUCAAAGUCUACGCAUCCGACAGUAAGAUUGAGAUGGCUAAGCGUUACUUGUCACUCCUACCAACUCUUUACGAGGACGAAUCUCGAAGAAAUCGAAAGUACUUGGUCAUGUGCGACGAUGAUACUUUCUUCCCAUCCAUGCACGCCCUCCUCAACCGACUUUCUGAAUACGACUCAACUAAGGAGCUUUACAUUGGAACUCUCUCCGAAGAUGUCAACAACAUUGAACGCCAUGGAUCUCAAGCUUUUGGUGGUGCUGGAGCUUUCUUCUCUAUUCCACUCGCAGAAAAGGUCGCCAAGCACUUUGAUGAAUGUAGUACUGAUGAAAAAAUCAACGAGGCAAACACAGGAUGGGGACCACAAGGCGAUGUUUUACUACGAAAAUGUAUCAGCGAACAUACCGACGUCACUCUUACCAUGAUUCGAGAACUUCACCAACUUGAUAUUAUGGGAGACCCAGCAGGAUUCUACGAGGCAGGCCUCGCACCACUCUCUCUCCACCACUUCAAGGGUGGAAUCUGGCACAAAGCCAAUCCAUAUGCAGGAGCACAGGUCAUUCAUGCAUGCGGUGAAGAUUGCUUCCUCCAACGAUUCCAAACACAAGACGACUUCGUCAUCUCCAAUGGAUUUUCAGUCGCCUACUAUCCAGAAGGCAUCAACUUCAACCUUCACCAAGCUGAAAAGACCUUCACUGCUGCUCCAGAUGAUUACGGAUGGAACCUCGACUUCAUGCUCGGACCUCAACGUAAGGAUCUUCUUUGGACUGGACGAAAAGUCGCAUGGGAGUUGAAGGAGAGUUUCGUGCAAGAGGAUGGCGCAGUGAGACAAACCUACAUCCGCAAAUCUGAUGAUGUAAGAUGGACAUAUGGAGAGGGAGGACCAAGAAUGUUCGACCGUGAUGGAGUCCUGGAGUUGGUUUGGACUUCAUGA